CUUUCAAAACAACCAGAAAUUUUCCUAGCCUCACCGAAGGAAACUAUCGAUAAUCAGCGAAAUUUUUGGUCGAUCCCCUCUCUCAAAAUGGUAUAGAGCUCCAGAUUUGUGCAGUUCAUUUUUUUCCAAGCUUUAUACGGAGAAUAUGGUAAAUCUUGAGCAAUGGGAGAUGGAAUAUGCCAAAUCUUGAGAAGAUCCGUUUGAAAAUGAUCAACCCUACCGCUGAGUGUUGGAGGAUUAUGGUUCGCGUAGUAAUGUUAUAUACAUUAUCCGUAUUUGGUGAAGAUAAAACAAAAAACAAUCCAGAUGGUCUUCAUGGAUAAACAUACACCAUGGGGAUGCUAAUUGCUUUAGGCAAGGAGAAAGAUAUAGUGAAAGAGUCAAGAAGAACAAAGAUGAUUUUGAUCACAAUAGAGGUAGCGGGGUACACUAAUUUUAUUUCACUUUUAUAGCAAAAUACGUCAUAUAUUAGAUCAAUACUCCGGAGUACAUGUUAACUACGGAGUAUUUUUUUAUUUGACAAUUGCGUAUGACAUUGGGUGUUACUCUAUUUGGGGAGCAUGUUGACAUGGUGAAAAGAUUUAUUCAAAACCAAGAAACCAAUUGUUGGAACACUCUGUGAUUGUUGCUCAGUAUACAAAAGUGAAAACUUUUCAAGAAAUGCCAAUCGUGCAUACUAGUUAAGUAAAAACAACAAGGAUAGGAAUAUAUAAAGCCAUGUACACAACCAAUAUGGCCUUGAAUGAUCCCAAUACCAAAAAUCAAAAACAGGGGUAAGAGUGUAAGACCUGAAUGAUCCCAGCACUGGUCAAACAACCGUUACAAAACACUAAAGAAAAAGGAAAAAAAAUCCAAUUCACACGCCCAGAGAAGUGGGAUGGACAUUGUCCACAAACACAUUCUUCUUGGGGAAGACUGGGUCCUUCAACUCAGAUUGUAAAAGAAACAAUAGCCCUGUUGUGGCGGAAACUCCAGAAACUAAUAAAAACAGUAAAUUAUAUGUUAGAAAUAACAACUAUAAUUAAAAUUAUUUAAAAUGCCAAUAAUACUUGCAGAUUGUUCCAGCAAUCAGAAGUUUUUUUGAAAACACUGAAUUCCUUUCCACCACUUCUUUCAAACUGUCCAAUCCAACUAACAAGUCUUGUUGGAAUUUCAUUGUAUUUUUCUGAAAAAAAUUAAAUUUAAAAAAAAUAAGUAUCACAAUAAAUUUUUUUAAAGAUAUAAACAUCAAAAACUAUCACAAACCUGAAACUCAAUUGAAUUGGACAAUCCAUAGGCCAAUAUGAAAUUUUUCUUUUUCAGUGACUGUAUUUCAUCUUCUAAGAUCAAGAGCUUUUAAAAGCAAAUUAAAAAGGGGAUUAAGCUAUACCUGGAGUUCAUCCUCCAUAUCUCCAAUGAGAAGAAUCGCCUCUAAGGUCAGUUUUCCGUUUCGGCGCCUGGAUUCAGUCGACUUCGCCCUAGGUUUCUCGCUACAUCCGUUAAUAUUUCGUCUCUGUGUAGGAACGGAACUAAAGAUACGGGCCCUUACAUAUUGGGCUACGGGUUUUUCAUAUACAUAUAUGAAAGAAAAAUUCGGCCUCUAAAAUUCAUGGGCCUGGCCCGGACGGACUGUUUGUCCUCCUAUUGGGCGGGCUAUUGAGCGGGCUAUGGAAGAUAUAGCCUCUCGCCUCUUGAGAGAAUAGAUGGCGAUGGUUUUAAGGCAUGGGCCGCAGUAAAAUAUGAGAUUUGGACCCAUUUACCUUUCUUGCCAAACCAGAUAUAGAGCAUUUGUUGAUUAAGUUUAAAAGAACUUAAUCAAUUGAAACAAAACAUAAACCCAAAAACAUCACAUUUAAAAAAGAUGUACAUGGAAGAGAAUAUAAAAUUUGAAUUAGAAAAGAGUUUAGUCAUAAUUAAAAAAAAUCAUUAGAGUAAACACAAAUAUGAUCUCCCCAAAAAUAAUCCAACUCGAUGAAAUAAAGAUCUAUAAAACUAUGGGUAAAAAUAAAUUGUAACAAAAAAAUAAAACACAAAUCAAAUAACAAAGUUGAGGAACUUGGAAAACAAUAUAAUAUUCAAUUAGAUAGGUGUUUAGUCAUAAUUAGAUAGAAUCAUCACACCCAACCUUGAAAUAAACAUUCAAGCCGAAUAAGAUCUAAUUAAACAUAAUAGAAAUGAAGUGUAACAAAAAUAUGAUCCAAAUUGAGUGAUAAAAAAUUCAUGACAUACAAAUAAAAUCAUUCAACAUAAAUAAAAGAUAAAAUAUGAUCCAAAUUGAGUAACAUGGAAUAUAAAUUCAUAACACAUAGGGAAAAAAUAAAUUUUACAAAAAAACCACAAAAGUAAUCCAUAAAAAAUGAAUUUCUUGGCUGUGUGGUCAUAAAUUGUGUGAUAUAAAAAUAGAUCUAUAAAACAUAUGGCAAGAAAAAUUGUUUAAAAAAACACGAAAAAUAAUACAUUGAAAAUGAAGAUCUUGGUUGUGUAAUCAAAAAUUGAUACAAUCAACAAAAAAAUCUUUGAAAAAAUCACAAAACACAAAUAAAAUCGCCCGGCGACUAGUCGGUGGAAAACCGAACGGCUCACGGGUAAGCCGCGCCGUGCCGAAGAGUUUUAGACCAUCUGCGGCAAACGGACGGCGUCGGUUUCGGCGGAGCCGAGGGGGCGAAAACCGGAAAAGACGCUAGAUCUAUAGAAGAGAGAGAAGGGAGAGAGAUGAGUUUCAAAGUACAGCAGUUGUCAGACACGGCGGAUCUAUCAAUUUAUAGUACUACAUUUCUAGGUUUUUCUCUCCAUCUAACGGCCCAAAUUAAAACUUUACAUCUAAA